CAAUUGCUUCUGGGGCGAUGCUCUUAAAUUUGUCGUUUUUCUUCAUUUGACAAUCAUUGUUGUUGGUAAAAUUUCACGGCUUUAAUUACACAAAAGUUUUGAUUUGUUAAUGAAGAAGAAUUCGGUAAACAGAAUAAAAAUGUGGGAAACCUGUGUGACCUUUUAAAAAUUGUGUGAAAAAAUAAUAAAAUAAAAAUAAUUUCGACGCCUUAACACAACUUUAAAUUUUAAUUGAAUCCCAUAAAAGCCGAUCAUUCGACUACUGUGCGGCGGCCGUCUCUUUAUUUGCUACUUUUAGUUAAAUAUCGCCAAAAAGUGCCUUGGGAAAACUGCUUCAUGCGGAAUAACUGACUAAGUAGCUGUUAUUACGUACUUGUUGUGUUUCUCCAUUUGCGAUUUUUGGUGCCACAAACGUAGCUCAUAAGUCUACAUACACACAUACAUAUCUGCUUAUUCAUACGGUUAUUACGUUUGUAGUUGUUGCGCGCAGUCGCGGUCGACCGACGAAAAUCAGUAGCGUGUGGCAAGUCUAAAAAAUAUAAAGCUUUGGCUUGUGCGUGCGAAUUGUGAAAGUUAAUACCAAAAUUGUCGUGAAUUUGUAGCUGCCACUUCACCAUGUUGCUGCUACGGAAAGCGGUUUUUCUGCUCGCACUGCUUUGUGUGAACGUAUCCUUCACCCACUCGGCGAACCAACAGCAAGAUGACUCGAAUCCACUGCUCGAUAUGGCCUCCAUGUUCAUACAAGAAGCGUUGAACAGUCAAACGGGUAAUGGUGGUGGGGGUGCGGGCGGUGCAGGUGCAGGCGGCGGCGCUGGUCUCGCAGGCGUCGCUUCGCUGAUAGGCAGCUUCAUGCAGGCCAAUGGUGGCGGCGGCUCUGCCGGUCAAGGUAAGGCGACCGCGUCCGGUGCCAUGCAAAUCCUGUCCGGCAUCGGCAGCUUGCUCGCGAAUGCGGGCCAAAAUGGUGCACGUUCUGGUGGCAGCGCCGGUGGUUUUGAUCCCGCCAUCAUCGGCAACGUUCUCGAAAUGUUCACAAACAGCGAUUCAGAUGCCGAUGAUGCGGGCGCUAAUUCACGCAGUCAUGGCGGUAAUGAUGCAGGCAUUGGCUUGGAUUCUAUACUUCAAAUUGCCUCGGUGUUCAUGAAUGCCAACAAUGGUGGCGGCAGCCAGCAGCAACAUCAGCAUCAUCAGCAGCGUCGCUCUGCGGACAAUCGUGCAAAUAUGCGUCAGAACGAAGUCGAUGUAGAUUCGGAGGACAAUGGUGGCUUCAUGAGUCUCUUACCCUUGGUCAUGCAGGCAGUUAGCUCGUUUGCGGGACCUGAGGGACAACAAACACAAGAAAAGCACAAAGGUCAUGCGUGGGUGUUGCCGCCAUUCUUGGAGCAUUUGCAUGUGGUGUGGGAUCACUUCUCGAACUCGGAACUGGCCGAUGCGCUCUACGAAAAGUCGGGCGUUAAUAAGAUAUUGAAGGGAUUCAAGGGCCGCGAUGGAAAAUUGGACUAUGACAAACUUUUCGAUUCGCUGAACAAUCAGUCGUUCCGUAGACGUUGGAUCAAAUCGGCGACACUCUAUUUGGCCGAUUGGGCCAGCUAUUUGGCAAAUCCGGAAGUCUAUCUCAAAUAUUUCCAGACUGCGCAACUGAUGUUCAACGGUUUUCUAAAAUCUCAAGGUUAUCCAAAGACUACCUACUUCGAUCCCAGUCGCGCCAGUGAGACCAUCUCGAAUUUGUUCGAUCAUGUGGCCAAACAUCACCUCAAUGUGAAGAUCGACUCUCGUCAAUAUGUAAAACCGGCUGUGGGUUAUGCCAAAGAAUUGCUGAAAUUGGGUCAAGCGCGAGGCCUGCUGCAGUUCAAUGCUACCGAACUGAGUGACAAAUUAACCGAUACACUCAAUUUGGAGGUCAUCGAACCCGUGCUGAAAGUUCAUCGCGCCUACAGAUUUAUCUUGAAAUCGCCGCAAUGUGACCGUUACGUGCUAUGUGAAUUGAAUUCGCCCGAACGGAAUGCAGCUGGAAAUGCGCAUGGCCUUAUUUCAGGUGUCAGUCCGAAAAUCGUGAAAAUUGGCAGCAUGGGAGCGUCCAUAUUCAUUAGCACCGAAACUGGCACACCGUUCUGGACAUUGUUUGGUGUGAUAAAUGCGCCCGAGAACUGCGAGGUCAAGUACCCAGUCGAUUGUAGCGGCUUCCAUGAGGGCGAGGCUAAAGUGACCACUGAGUACGUGCACAAUGAGUUGUGAGUAUAAAAUGGCAAAAAAAGUGGAAGCUGUGGAUGUGAUGUUGAUCUACAAAGCUGCGAUCGGAAUGUAAAAUGAUUGUGGCUGCAUAAUUUUAGUUAAUGUUAGUUAGCUUUUUAGUUAUAUUUAAAAACAAAAUUUAGCCUAUAUUGAGAGUAUAAAACUAAUAUAUGUACGUGUAAAUGUAUUUAAAAA